CCUGACAGUAAUUUCUUUGUUUUGUUCGUUUAAUUUUUUGUCAGCUGCACAAAAAACAAAAUUAAAUGAAUUUCCUUCUAAUUUCUUCUUUUCUUCUGCUGCUAAUUAGCUUUAGCAAUGCCAAAGUCUUCCAUUAUCAACCUGAACAGGUUCAUAUUUCGUACGGAGACAAAAUCGAUGAAAUCGUCGUAACUUGGAGCACUUUCGACGCCACAAACGAAUCCACGGUUCUUUUCAACGUUCAUGGCGACUUUCAUCAAACGCCGGUGUCGGGAUUCGCCAAACUCUUCGUCGACGGCGGAGAAUUAAAGCAUUCGCAGUACAUUCAUCGCGUCACUUUGCGAAAUUUGAAGCCGGCAACGUAUUAUUCCUACGUUUGUGGCAGCGAACUUGGAUGGUCUCCGGUUUUUUCGUUCAAAACUCCUCGUUUCGACUCGAAAUGGAGUCCAUCGUUUGCGAUUUUUGGCGAUAUGGGCAACGAAAAUGCCCAAAGUUUGGCCUUUUUGCAGCGCGAAUCGGAACAGGGGAUGUACGACGCCAUCAUUCACGUCGGGGACUUUGCGUACGACAUGGAUUCGGAAAAUGCGACGAUCGGCGAUGAAUUUAUGAAUCAAAUUCAGCAAAUUGCUGCUUAUGUGCCGUAUAUGGUGUGCACGGGAAAUCACGAGGAAAAGUACAACUUUUCGAAUUAUCGUGAAAGGUUCAGCAUGCCGGGCAACAGUGAGAAUCUUUGGUACAGUUUCGACCUUGGACCCGUUCAUUUCAUCGGAAUUUCCACGGAAGUCUAUUAUUUCUUGAGUUACGGCAUCAAAACGUUGGUCAAGCAGUAUCUGUGGCUCGAAAAAGACCUCAAAGAAGCGAGCAAACCGGAAAAUCGCGCCUUGCGUCCUUGGAUCGUCGUUUAUGGGCAUCGACCGAUGUACUGCUCGAACGGAAAUGUUGCCGAUUGUAACGCUCAUGAGACUUUAACGCGUGUCGGAUUGCCAUUUUUCAAGGCUUUUGGCUUGGAAGAGCUCUUUUAUGAACACGGCGUUGAUGUGCAGAUUUGGGCGCAUGAACAUUCGUAUGAGAGACUCUUUCCGCUGUACAAUUACAAAGUCCUUAACGGGAGCAAAGAGGAACCUUAUACGAAUCCGAGAGCGCCAGUUCAUGUGAUUACGGGAUCAGCCGGUUGUGACGAAGGAAGAACGCCAUUUUUGGAAGAUCGACCGGCGUGGAGUGCCUUUAGGAGUAACGAUUAUGGAUAUACGAGAAUGAAGGCGCACAACGAGACGCAUUUGUAUUUCGAACAAGUGUCGGUCGAUAAAAAGGGAGAAAUUAUCGAUUCGUUUUGGAUUAUCAAAGAUCGUCAUGAUGUACCUUAUGCUCAGAUGUAAUAGAAAAAUUCUAUAAAAAAAAAAUAAAUAAAAUAAAUUCUAAUGAAAAAUCAUUUUUUUUUACU